UGCAGCUGUCCUCCUCCAAUGAUGAAUCACCUUUCCAUCAGUCAGUCCACCUCCGGAGGGAGGGAGGAGGCCGGACCUGCAGGAGGAAGCAGAGGGCCCGGAAAAAAAGAAACUCUGAAAAAAACCCUCUCCUCACAAUGUGUCUCUGUUCGUCCGGCUCGGGCUUCUCCAGCAUAACAAUAAUGUUUUCUCAGACAACGGCUAUUGUGUGACGGAUGGGUCUGGACAGUGACACCGGGCUGGAAUAACAAGGACGGACAUUGUUAUAGAGGAUCAGCAGGUGGAAAAAAAAAAACUUGAAGGGGAAAAAGAGAGAAGAAAAAGGGGAAAAAAGGAUAUCUGAGUCAGAUGGUUGAGCCCCAUCCAGUUUCAGGUCUAUGGAAAUGCAGGAUCUAGCCAGUCCGCACAGUCGAGUCAGUGGCAGCAGCGAAUCCCCAAACGGCCCGACCCUUGAUAACACACACAUCAACAACAAUUCCAUGACACCAAAUGGCACUGAAGGUGAUAACAUCACUAUGCUUACCACAGCUGACUGGUUGUUAAGUUCUAGUUCACAGUCCGCUGCAGUUAAAACAGAGCCAAUGAGCAGCAGUGACAUCACCACCUCUGUAGCCGACGGCUCAUUAGACAGCUUCUCAGGAUCAGCCAUUGGAAGCAGUGGCUUCAGCCCAAGACAAACGCACCAGUUCUCUCCACAGAUCUACCCUUCCAACCGAGCGUAUCCUCACAUUCUUCCGACUCCUUCAUCUCAGAACAUGGCUGCGUACGGACAGACGCAGUACACCACAGGAAUGCAGCAGGCCGCAGCCUACGCCACGUACCCUCAGCCAGGCCAGCACUAUGGCAUCCCGGCCUACGGCAUCAAGACAGAAAGCGGGCUGAGUCAGGCCCAGUCUCCGGGCCAGAGCAGCUUCCUCAGCUACAGCUCCAGCUUCUCCACACCACAGACGGGACAGGCACCCUACAGCUACCAAAUGCAAGGAGGCAGUUUUACAACAACAUCCGGACUGUACGCAGGAAGCAACUCGCUCACAAACUCCACUGGAUUCAACAGCACGCAACAGGAAUAUCCCUCAUACCCAGCAUUUGGACAGGGCCAGUAUGCACAGUAUUACAAUAGCAGCCCCUACACAUCACCCUACAUGACCAGCAACAACACCAGCCCCACCACCCCGUCCACCACUGCCACAUACACCCUGCAGGAGCCGCCGCCCGGCAUCACCAGCCAAGCGCUCAACGACCAGUCUGCUGGUACAGGAGAGUACAGUACAAUCCACAGUCCAUCAACCCCCAUUAAAGAUUCAGAUUCAGAUCGAUUGCGUCGGGCUUCGGAUGGAAAGUCACGUGGCAGAGGGAGAAGGAAUAACAACCCGUCUCCACCUCCAGACUCUGACCUUGAGCGCGUGUUCAUCUGGGAUUUGGAUGAAACAAUCAUCGUUUUUCAUUCCUUACUCACGGGGUCUUACGCCAACAGAUAUGGACGGGAUCCUCCAACGUCAGUGUCUCUGGGACUGAGGAUGGAAGAGAUGAUUUUCAACUUGGCGGAUACACAUUUAUUCUUCAACGACUUGGAAGAGUGUGAUCAGGUCCACAUCGACGACGUCUCCUCUGAUGACAACGGACAGGAUCUGAGCACUUAUAACUUCAGUACGGAUGGUUUCCACGCUGCUGCCACCAGUGCCAACCUCUGUCUGGCCACGGGUGUGAGAGGAGGAGUGGACUGGAUGAGAAAACUGGCCUUCCGCUAUAGACGAGUAAAAGAAAUUUACACCACCUACAAAAACAACGUCGGAGGACUGCUUGGCCCAGCCAAAAGGGAAGCCUGGUUGCAAUUGAGAGCAGAAAUUGAAGCUUUGACGGACUCCUGGUUAACACUGGCACUGAAAGCACUAACAUUAAUCCACUCAAGGUCUAAUUGUGUGAACAUCUUGGUGACCACAACACAGCUUAUACCUGCCCUCGCCAAGAUCCUGCUCUACGGACUGGGAGUAGUCUUUCCUAUAGAAAAUAUCUACAGCGCCACAAAAAUAGGCAAGGAGAGCUGUUUCGAGAGGGUAAUUCAGAGGUUCGGGAGAAAAGUUGUUUACGUGGUGGUGGGGGAUGGAGUGGAAGAGGAGCAGAGCUCCAAAAAGCACAAUAUGCCCUUCUGGAGGAUUUCCAGUCACUCGGACCUCAUGGCCCUGCAUCACGCGCUGGACCUGGAGUAUUUGUAGCACUGAGACAGACAGACACACACACACACACACACACACCUGCCCGGCCGUCUCCAGCCCCGUUUCAUGCUCUGAACACCACCAGAACAUCAGCGCUGGGUCAGCCUAGUGUCCACCGUAAAAUGAAUUCCACACGUUCAGAGCGAGUAAAACCUGUGCGACCUGGUCAGCACGUUGAUGUCGGCCCACGAUCCGUCUUAACCCCAAAACCCCACAUCCUCGAAGCUGGAGGAGAGUGAAUUUACGAGGCUGCAGCUGCUGGCCACGGUUACUGUGAAUGAGCUUCUUUUCUAAAGCCGUCAAAAUGUUUUACGGCCCGGUCCGCGCGACAGUUCACACCUGUGAGGAAACCAGAGCUACCGGAGCUUUCGGAACUUCGCAAGACUCCGACCCCACUGAGAAUCGGCCUGAACCCCCCUCCUCCCUUCCCAUGCCCCUCUGCACUCCUCUCUUUUAUUCUGUCUCUUUUUCUCUCCUCGGUACAGAGACAGCGGGGCAGCUCGGCCAGACCUGGGUUGAAAAAAAAAGAAAAGAAAAAAGUGAGGAAAAGAAAAGAUAAACCACUGAGCUGGACGUCCUACACUUCUUUAUUUAUAAUCUGAGACUUUGUUGUUGAGGGCACCGCUCCGUCAGACUCCGUGCCUUUGUUUCCCCGCCUUGCAAAGUACUUUGAUUACGAGAAGAAGUUGUUUAUGGAAAUGAAAACAAAAGGAUUUUCUAAUAAUUUAAGGAGAACUUUAUUUGCAUUCGCUCAGACAAUCGUGUACAGAAGAUACAUUCAUUUUUUUGUGUGUAAAUUUUUAAUCAUCACUGGACUUCCUUCUUAUUCUGUUGCUUUAGGUACAGUUCAGCGGAGGUGGAGGCACACAAAAGCAUUAAAAGUGCACAAAAAAAGAAAAAGUUGUGCAAGGUCUGAAAGUGUUGACAUGUUAUUGGUUUCUUUGGGCUGAGGAGCGUAGAUAAAAGAUUUCUGUGAUAAUUGUUUUGUCAUGACCAAAAAAAGCACGGAUGUCAAGUGUCAAUGACUUCAUAUUUUGUUCACUGAUGUUUUCUCUCUCUUUUCCCUUGUACACUAUCCUCUCCUAAAGUCAGUGAAAGUUCUUUUCUUUCUAUUUAAUUACAGAAAAAAUUCACUCUAUGUAGCAAAUUUGACUCUUUUGGUCAGUCCCAUCCCAGAACACGCGUAUCUAUAACACCACCGAGCAGUAGACACACAGUACAGUAUAAUGCAUAGUGGGUAAGACUUAUGAAUAAUCACGUGAAUGUUAAGCUUCAGUCUGAGUGUAAAACGUCCGUACCACUGUUUCUGCCUGGACGUUCAGCUACAACCUCCGCGAAACGGGCAGCGGGAGAUUUAAAGGUUUUAUUAUCUUUUGUACCGGCACUAAGACAGAAACUCUUGUACAUUAAGUGUAAUUUUGUAUGAAGUAGUCUUUUUAUUUUGAUUUUGGAAACGUGUUCCUGUGUCCACUUUAAAAAAGAAUCGCUGUAGUUGGAAGAAAUAAUUGUGCUAAUUCAUAGUGCUUUAGAAAUAUCUGUGGACUGGGAAACUCAAGCUGUUGGACUGUAAGCAAGCCACUACACACACACACACACACACACAUACACACACAUUCUUUAAAAGGCAAAUGUUUGGAAGCAAAAUUGUUACAAAUUAACAAUAAAAUUUGCCACACUGAUAAAAUGAUGACCUUAACAAGUAGUCUAAAUGUCUAAUAUUCUGCAUUAUGAAACUGUCAGUUUUGUCCAUGUUCUGCUUUUAUUCAGCACUCUUUUUGUCACAAAGCAAUUUUAAAGAAAUCCUUACAAAGCAUUUAUACAGACCUACAGCAUGAUCUUAUGUGUUUUCAGUGAUUUAUUCAACCAAGUUUCAUUCUGUUGGUAUUUUGCUUGUUAUAAGAAAAUAAAAACAGAAUACAGAACAAACAAUAGUAGACUUUUUAAAUAGAGGAUAAAAUGUAAAAUAUAGUAAAAUAGCAUAAAACAUGGCUAGACGUGAUUUAAAUAAAGGUUUAGCGAAAAAUAUUACAUAUUUUGGCUGGACCUGAGAUUAUUUCAGUUAAUAAGGUAUCAUUUUUCUCAGUGUGCUUGCUUCCUAAUUUUUGACUUGUACUUCAUGCACACAUACACACAUAUAUAUAAAUAAGCACACACACUCACAGGGGUUGAGGACACGUGCUCUUUUGACUGUGAAUUUCCUCAGCAGGAUUUUAAUCUGUAAUUCCUGACGGCCGCAUGGUCCAGUGUUUCUGAUCCUGCAGGUGAAGUGUGUGCUCUGCUUCUCCUCUCUGCCCCAAUAUCACACACACACACACACCCAUACACACACAAUCACACUCCGGGGAAAUACAUAUUGCUGCUAGUUCUUGGUCACAGUAGACAGGGGAAAUGUUUUAUACAGCAAGGUUUUUUUUAAUAAAUAAAUGAAUAAAUAAAUGUUGCAAUCAUAAUGCAAACUGGAAAUACUUUACAAGACGUGGGCCUCAUUGUGAACACACACAGUUUGUUGUGUCUGCAAAAAAAAGAUAUGUACAGAUGUUUUUGACAUUAUUAUUUGAUUGUGUUUAAAUUAAUAAAACGUUGAUUUGUGAACUGUUACACACA